AUGUAUACUGCAGCCACCAAAGGAGGAGAAAGACUGUUGACAAAGUUCGAAAAGCAGAAAUUGUUGAAGAAUGCAAAUGAAACGUGGUACGAUGGGCCUUGUAGAGAAUGUAAAUGCUCUAUUAGCGAUAUUGUAGUCCAGAGGAAUCUACCGGUUGGAAUAGUUGACCAGCUGGAAGACUACGGAGGGGAGGAAAGGGGUAUAAAAUAA